AGAUUACGGGAUCCGAUAAUGGAGAAGGGAGUAUAAUAAAAAUUGCGCCUCUUUCCCCGCAAGUGAGAUAUCAAGUGAUUAAAGUCGUUGUAUACGACGAGUAGUUGAGCAUUGGCGGAUUCAAUCAAAUCUAAAAAAUCUCUCCCUCUCUUUUGUCUGCACUCAAAUUCAGCAAGUUGUGAAGUGGGCGAAUUUGAGGCAAUUUCAUCGAUGAUAACAACUGGGAAAUGGAGAAUUUUUUCUGCCAAUUUUUGCUGCCAUUGCUUCUUAUAGCAGCUGCUUUGGUUAAUUGGAGUUUAAUAUCGCUUGUUGAUCUAGUAGCAUUUCUUGUCAUUCAGUUCAAUCUGCCUAGAAGAGAUUUUCAUUUUCGUAGGCUGAUUCUAUUUUUGUGGGGUAUUAGUAUAUAUUCCCUACUUGUUGCCUUAGUACAAACAAUUUUCACUAUAACAUGGGAAAUCAAGGAGGACAAAUGGAGUCUGGAAGAUACAUCGUGGGUGGAGCUAAUCGGGCUCAUGAGGUUCCACUCCUGGAGAUCUCCAACUGCAAUAUUUUAUGUGAUUAUACAAGUAAUAGUGGGUUUUGUUUGUUUAGUUUGGUUAUAUCAGCACAAACUCGGUAUGGUUCCUUGGCGAGGUUCUUGCUGGGGGAACUUCUCAUCCAUUUUGGAGUCAUUAGGUUCUUACUUCAAGGUUGUGUUUUGCUUCCUGUUGCCUGCCAUCCAACUGGUUGUGGGCAUAAGCCAUCCUUCUUGGGUAUCUUUGCCCUUUUUCAUUUGUAGCUGUGUCGGGCUAGUGGACUGGUCUUUGACAAGCAAUUUUUCAGGCCUCUUCAGAUGGUGGAGGUCUCUUCAACUCUAUGCUUGCUUCAAUAUUCUUAUACUUUAUACUUAUCAGCUCCCUGUGCAAUUCCCAACGUUGCUUCAACAGAUAGCUAAUUUUCUCGGUCUUUACAAGAUAUCUGUGGAAUCUGGAUGGCUGGAAAUAUGUUCUGGUCUUUCUCUCAUUUGUUUCUAUGUAAUGCUGUCAUGCAUAAAAAAUGACUUGGAGGAAAUGGAAUUCAUGAUGUCCAGUUCAGAAAGUGAUUUGACUGAGCAACUUCUUCCUGCAAGAAAUUCUUUUUUUAUUCGUCAAUUAAGGUCAGGAGAGAGACAUACCAAUUUUUUGGUGAAAGGAGCAGUUUUUCGGACAUUUACGAUCAAUUUUUUCACAUAUGGUUUCCCGUUAUCGUUGGUUGCUCUUUCCUUUUGGACUUUCCAUUUUGCAAGUAUAUGCGCAUUUGGAUUGCUGGCUUAUGUUGGCUAUAUUGUAUAUGCGUUCCCAUCAUUGUUUCAUUUGCACCGAUUGAAUAGUCUGCUGCUUGUUUUCACACUCCUGUGGGCCGUCAGUACUUACAUAUUCAAUGUAGCAUUUUCAAUUGUGAACUGGGAACUUGGGAAGAACAUGGAGAUUUGGGAGCUUGUUGGUUUGUGGCGUUACACAAUUCCUGGAUAUUUUCUUCUUGCUCAAUUUGGUCUUGGAGUCCUAAUUGCUGUUGGUAAUCUUGUGAACAAUUCUGUGUUUACGUACCUAUCUAAUGAGAAUGGUCAUCUUCCAAAUGGAGACCCUACUAUAGAAGUUAAGGAGGAGACCAAGGUGCUUAUUGUUGCCACAAUUGCUUGGGGAUUUCGGAAAUGCUCCCGGGCUAUCAUGUUGGCUUUGAUAUUUCUGAUAGCCAUGAAGCCUGGAUUUAUUCAUGCUAUUUACAUGAUAUUCUUUUUGAUAUAUCUUUUGGGACACAAUAUCAGCAGGAAGAUACGGAAGGCAUUAAUUCUUCUAUGCGAAGCUCAUUUUGCAUUGUUGUACAUUCUUCAAAUAAACCUGAUAUCUACAAAACUGGAGCAUGGAGGCUCUUUAACUAGCGAAAUACUGUCACAACUAGGUCUUCGUGAUAGUUCAUGGGACUUCUUGGAAACGGCUCUUCUUGCGUGUUUUUGCACCAUACAUAAUCAUGGAUUUGACAUGCUAUUUUCAUUCUCAGCAUUUGUACAACAUACACCUUACCCUCCAGUGGGAUUCAGUGUGCUUAAAGCUGGUUUAAACAAGUCAGUUUUAUUGUCAGUUUAUUGCUCUUCAGCUAGUGGUGACAGCAGCAAUGGUCCUUCUCAUGAGAGAAGAAUAGCAUCAUACCUGAGUGCAGUAGGGCAGAAAUUUCUUGCAGUAUACCGUUCAUGGGGGACCUAUAUUGCUUUUCUGACUAUACUUAUUGCUGUAUACCUGGUUAGACCCAAUUAUAUAUCAUUUGGGUAUAUUUUUCUUUUACUUUUUUGGAUCAUUGGAAGACAACUUGUUGAACAGACAAAAAGACGCCUAUGGUUUCCCUUGAAAGCUUAUGCUAUAAUGGUGUUCGUCUUCAUGUAUAGCCUCAGCAUUUUUCCUAGCUUUCAAACAUGGCUAUCUCAUAUUAUUGAUCUUUACCCAAACCUUGGUUAUAAACCUGAAGCUUCUCUGUUGGAUAACAUCUGGGAAUCAAUGGCAAUCUUGAUUGUAAUGCAACUUUAUAGCUAUGAAAGGAGACAGAGCAAGUACAAUGAACCAUGUGACACUAAUGUGCUGCAAUCAGGAACAGUUGGUUUUAUGAGAAGGUUUAUGAUAUGGCACAGCAAUAAACUUCUGUUUGCUGCUCUAUUUUAUGCAGCCAUAUCACAAAUAAACGCUAUAGGUUUUGUGUAUCUUCUAGGCAUGAUCAUCUGCUCAACUUUCCCUAAAACUUCAAGGGUCCCGUCAAAGUCAUUUCUGGUUUAUACAGGAUUUGUAGUGAUGGUGGAAUAUCUUUUCCAGAUGUGGGGUCAGCAGGCAAAGAUGUUCCCUGGCCAAAUGCAUUCAGAUGUGUCUCAUGUCUUGGGUCUCCAAGUGUUUGAGCCUGGGUUUUGGGGAAUAGAAUCAAGCUUGAGAGGAAAUGUUUUGGUAAUUUCUGCUUGUACACUUCAAUAUAAUGUUUUUCAUUGGUUGGAUAGGAUGCCAAAUAAUAAUGUAUUGAUGGGUGAGUGGGAGGAGCCAUGUCCUUUAUUUGUCACAGCCGAAGAUGAUGCAGUUACUAUGUCCAGCUAUGAUGAAGAAAACAGCUCAGUACCACAUUCCACACUUUCUGAUAUGGUAAAGACUACAGCAAGCUAUACAUGGAAAUCAAAUACCACUGACCCUUCUGAACCAAUUCUUUUGGGAAGAGAAUCUGAGAAUUCCAGAACUGAAAGAUAUUCGUCUGGAUACUUUUGGGAAACCAUCAAGGAGAGUCAAAAGUGGAACAAGAGGAGAAUUCUUGCUUUAAGAAAUGAGAGAUUUGAUAUGCAAAAGACGACCUUGAAAGUUUACCUGAUGUUUUGGAUCGAAAAUAUGUUUAACCUCUUUGGUCUAGAAAUUAACAUGAUUGUCUUGCUUCUUGCUAGUUUUGCCCUCUUGAAUGUCAUUUCACUGCUCUACAUUGGUUUGCUUGCUACUUUUGUUCUUUUGGAUCGACGAAUUAUUAGAAAGCUAUGGUCUGUUCUGGUUUUCCUGUUUGCAUGUGUCCUGAUUCUUGAAUAUUUUUCCAUCUGGGAGAAUAAGAUGUCUCUGAACCGACAAUCCCCACAUGAGAUUGCUGUUCGUUGCCAUGAUUGCUGGAAAAGCUCAAAGCUACACUUUCAGUAUUGUCAACGCUGUUGGCUAGGGCUUGUUGUGGAUGAUACUCGAAUGCUUAUCAGCUACUUUAUAGUCUUCAUCGUUGCUUGUUUCAAGCUGCGUGCUGACAGAUCACCCAAUUUAUCAGGGUCAUUUACUUUUAAUCAGAUGAUGUCUCAGCGCAAGAACAUAUUUGUUUGGAAAGACCUUUCGUUUGAAACAAAAAGUAUGUGGACCAUUUUUGACUAUCUGAGACUUUACUGUUAUUGCCACCUGCUGGAUCUUGUGCUUACUUUGAUUUUGAUUACUGGAACUUUGGAGUAUGACAUUCUGCACCUUGGAUAUCUUGGUUUUGCUUUGGUGUUCUUUCGGAUGAGAUUGGAAAUUCUUCGGAAAAGAAACAAAAUCUUCAAGUUCUUGCGCAUGUAUAAUUUUGUAAUUAUAGUUCUGUCUCUUGCAUAUCAAUCUCCUUUUAUUGGAGUCUUCAAUGAAGGAAAGUGUGGCACUGUAGGUUACAUUUAUGAAGCCAUUGGAUUUUAUAAAUAUGAUUACGGGUUUCGUAUUACUUCAAGAUCUGCAUUGGUUGAGAUCGUCAUCUUCAUGCUGGUUUCACUGCAGUCAUAUAUGUUCUCAUCUCCAGAAUUUGAACAUGUAUCACGAUAUCUUGAGGCAGAGCAAAUUGGAGCUAUUGUACGUGAGCAAGAGAAAAAGGCUGCAUGGAAGACAUCACAGUUACAGCAUAUCCGUGAGACUGAAGAGGAGAAAAGACAACGGAAUAUGCAAGUGGAGAAGAUGAAGUCAGAGAUGCUUGACCUGCAAGUUCAGCUUCACAGUAUGAACUCUCCGGGUAAUCAUGGUCAGCUAUCUCCUGGAAGUGGAGGUUUAAGGAAAAGGAGAAGUGCCUCUUUUAUUGUGGAUAAAAAUUUUACGGCUGCUGAUAAGGAGGAGUUGUUAAGUCCCUCUUUUAACUUUGAUAGAGGUUUUAGGGCUGCUCACACAUUAAGAGAGGGGCAGAAGACUUCUGGUGACUUCGCUCUACCUUCAGAAUUGCUUGGAUCUCCAGUUAAAAGAAAAUCUGAAAGUCCAAUUGCGGAACAAUUAACAACUCAAGAUUCGAAAGAAAUAUCUUUUGGUGAAAUUACUGAAAUUGAGGAUUCUGAUCACCAGUCAGUAGUUGAAAAAAAAAGAGAAAGCUCUAAAGGCCAGUCAAAGGAUCACCCAUUGAAAUCUGCGGUGCAGCUGAUAGGUGAUGGUGUUUCUCAAGUACAAUCUCUUGGAAAUCAAGCUGUUACCAAUCUUGCAAGUCUUUUGAAUGUAUCACAAGAAGAUUUGGAUUCGACAGGCCAUUCUUCUGAUGAUGAUGUAGGAUGUGGUGAAAUGGAGAGCCAAAAUCCUGAAAAUGUUCAUAUAGCUCGUACAUCUUCAUUGCAGUCUGACAAGAGUAGAACUAUGUCCGAAUCUGUGAAGCUGAAGCUUUUGAGAAUCUUUCGGCACAUAUGGUCCCAGAUGCGAUCCAAUAAUGAUAUUGUUUGUUACUGUUGCUUUAUUCUUGUUUUCCUUUGGAACUUCAGUCUGUUAUCUAUGGUAUACCUUGCAGCCCUUUUUUUCUAUGCUCUAUGUGUUAACACAGGCCCUAGCUAUACCUUCUGGGUUGUCAUGCUAAUCUAUACAGAGUUUUACAUCUUAAUUGAAUACUUGUACCAAAUAAUCAUUCAACACUGUGGAUUGAUUGACUUGACUUUGCUUCAAGAGUUGGGUUUUCCUCAUCAUAAAAUCAAUUCAUCAUUUGUGAUAAGCUCAUUGCCUCUCUUUUUGGUCUACCUAUUUACGCUUUUACAAAGCUCCAUAACUGCACAAGAUGGUGAUUGGAGUGCAUUAUCGGAGUUUAAUGCUAUCAAGAGAAAAAUGCAUGAACGAAAAUAUGUUGGCCCAUGUUCUAGCUGGAGUGAAAAGCUAAACAAAAUUUUCCAACCACUGAAAGAUGGAGUGGAGAUGAUAGCUAGAAGCUGCUUAAGUUACUGGAAAUCUCUAACUCAGGGAGCAGAGUCUCCUCCAUAUUUUGUUCAGCUGUCCAUGGACGUUGGGGCAUGGCCAGAAGAUGGCAUUCAACCUGAGAAGAUUGAGUCAGGAAUGAAUCAAUUGCUUCAGCUCGUCCACAGUGAACAUUGCAAGGGAGAAAAUCCAAAUGUUUGCCCUUCUGCUUGCAGGGUUAACAUUCAGAGUAUUGAGAGGAGUGAAGAAAAUCCCAAUGUAGCUUUGGCUGUGUUUGAAGUUGUACAUGCGCUUCCGCUGCGAGAUUGUGUGUCUAAGGGUUGGUCAAAAUCACUAACACCUGCUUCCGAUGUUGCAAGAGAGGUUCUUAUUGCAAAAUGUUUGGGAUAUGUUGAAGAAGUUGGAUUCCCAUAUCCUGUACUAUCUGUAAUUGGUGGUGGAAAAAGAGAAGUUGAUCUAUAUGCCUAUGUAUUUGGUGCUGAUCUUGCAGUUUUCUUUUUGGUUGCUAUUUUCUACCAGUCAGUCAUUAAGAAUAAAAGUGAUUUUCUUGGUGUUUAUCAACUUGAAGAUCAGUUCCCUAAGGAGUAUGUGUUCAUAUUAAUGGUUAUCUUUUUCUUAAUAGUGGUUGAUCGAAUUAUUUACCUAUGUUCAUUUGCCACGGGGAAAGUUUUGUUCUACCUUUUCAACCUUGUACUCUUUACGUAUUCAGUUACAGAAUAUGCUUGGAACAUGCAACCAUUUCAACAGUACGCUGGAAUUUUAGCACUUCGUGCUAUCUUUCUGACAAAAGCAGUGUCCCUAGCACUUCAGGCAAUACAAAUUCGCUAUGGAAUGCCACAUAAAAGUACACUGUAUCGCCAAUUUUUGACCAGCACAGUUUCGAGGAUUAACUACCUUGGGUAUCGGCUUUAUCGAGCUCUUCCUUUCCUUUAUGAAUUACGUUGUGUGCUUGACUGGUCAUGUACUACAACAUCAUUGACGAUGUAUGACUGGCUGAAGUUGGAGGACAUAAAUGCAAGCUUAUAUCUCGUCAAAUGUGAUGCCAUUUUAAAUAGAGCAAGUCAUAAACAAGGAGAGAAACAGCCAAAAAUGACUAAGUUCUGCAGUGGCAUAUGUCUAUUCCUCAUUUUGAUAUGUGUCAUUUGGGCUCCUAUGCUGAUGUACAGCAGUGGCAAUCCAACAAACAUCGCAAAUCCUGUUAGAGAUGUCAGUGUUCAGGUUGAUAUUAAGACAAAUGGUGGUAGGCUGACCCUGUAUCAAACCACCCUUUGUGAAAAGCUGGAGUGGGAAAAUGUCAAGAAUAAGGAUGAUCUUGAUCCUCAAGGUUUAUUGACUACUUAUGAUAUGAAUGACAUUCAAUUAAUAUGUUGCCAAGCUGAUGCUAGUACCCUUUGGCUGGUCCCAGAAGUAGUUCAAAAGAGAUUCACUGAGUCUCUUAAUGUAGGCAGGGAUAUGCAUAUAAUUUUCUCUUGGGUACUGACUAGGGACAGACCUAAAGGAAAAGAGGUUGUGAAGUAUGAAAGAGAUGUUGACAAUGCGUCUGAUCUUCCAAAAAGGUCUGAGUUACAGUCUGUUUUCAAUGGUUCUAUGAAUAGUUUCCGAGUGAAGAACAUCUUUCCAAGAUUCUUCCGAGUUACUGGUUCUGGUGAUGUGAGACCAUUUGAACCAGAGUUAAAAGUCGAUGCCGAUCUUGUCAUCAAUCAUCAGAAUCCUGAGUGGUGGUCAUUUUAUGAUGUCAAUCCACUAAACGUUUCUAGAUGUGAAGGUCUGACUGGACCUACAGCAAUCGUGGUCUCAGAAGAAACACCACAGGGACUUCUUGGAGAUACUUUAAGCAAAUUCAGCAUCUGGGGUCUUUAUAUUACAUUUGUGCUUGCUGUUGGUCGGUUCAUCAGGCUGCAAUGCUCUGACCUUAGAAUGAGAAUCCCAUAUGAGAACCUUCCUUCCUGCGAUAGGUUGAUUGCUAUUUGUGAGGAUAUAUAUGCUGCAAGAGCAGAAGGUGAACUGGGAGUGGAGGAAGUCCUUUACUGGACCUUGGUGAAAAUCUAUAGAUCACCACACAUGUUGCUCGAAUACACCAAACCCGAUUAGAUGUUGGGGAAUUUGUUAUGAUUCUUUUGGACAUAGAUCAGACUCUGAUGAGUGAUCUUUUACAGCUGGAUUUUUACUCGGCUCUAAACUGUCAUUUGUGUUGUAUCAGCAACAUCCAUGGUCUGUUUUUGGAAGAAUGCUCAUAGAGUCUUAUACGUGUACACUAUAUCGCUCAGCAAUUAGGCUAACAGCAGCUGCUCACUUGCUCUUGAUAAGGAUUUCACAGUAGUGACAACUUGUUCUGAUUGUGGGGUCUUGUGGAGGGGAGGGGGGAUGCACUCGAGCUGUACUAUAGAGUAAGAAUUAGAUAUUGUUCUGUAAAUACUUGUUACAGUAGUUGUAGAAUUAUUAAAGUAUAAUUGUAUAUAUACACAAGGUAUUUGAAUCAUGUAAAUGAUUGUAUUUUCACCAUCAUAUUUGCCUUUGAAUUUUUUGGUAAUUUUA